AUGGCGAAAACACAGGAGAUUGGUACCGAAGAAUUCGACGUCGAGAAGACUAUCAAGGCCUUUGAGGCUGUUCCCAAAGACGGCAGCAGACCUGCAGUAUGCCUAACGAAAGAGUACAUCGCCGCGAUUAAGGAGAUGUGCAACUUUUUUAACAUCUGUGGAUCGGGCUUUGGCUUCGUUACAUCAGACGUGUCACAGAAGUUGAUACUAUUAGAGAAACACCGCACUGAGAGGGAUUUGCCGAACGGCAUUGACAACUUACAGGGAAUGAUGCAAUGGGAAGAAGACAAUGACAUGUUCGAUAAGGACGUCAAGUACAACGGUGCUAGAACACUUCUGCGACUCAACAGGGCAUCUCAAUUUGUGAUGCUGUUGAUCAAAUACAUCAUGGAACGGGAAAAGGCAUCCAUGUCGUCUAAUGCGUAUGAUGCGUAUUCUGAGACACUCAUGCGAUUCCACUCGUGGAUGAUUAAGAAGGCUGUGGGCGUCGCAGUCUACGCUAUUCCAUCACGACACACCUUGUUGAAGAACAUGAAAAUGACGGAGGACGAAGCACGGGAGUCCCUGCCCCGUUUAGUAGUGGCAAUCGACACAGUAUUCAGCGCUUUGGACAAGCACUACACAGAGCAUAAACUGCAAAAGCUACCUUGA